AUGGAUCUACUCGACAAGCUGCAAAGAUACCGCAUUUUUCGAUACGACUAUAAAGGAGCGGAUGUCGCUUAUCUAAGCACCGUCGAUCGCAUCGAGUACUUCAGUGAUUUCAUGGGAAUUAAUUUGUUCAAUCGGAAAUUCAAAAUCUGCAAUUUUCGCUUUUUGUGGGGUGUUAGCACGCUUUUUAUUUACGUCUACCUGGUGGUCACGUCUACUUACUACUAUCGGAAUGAUAUUGAAAAGGCUUUGUCGUGCGUAACAACCUUCGGAUUCUCAACACAGGCAGCAUCAAAAAUAUAUUCAUUCAUCAUACGGCGCAAAAAGGUUAUCGAAAUUCACGAAAUAAAUUUGGACUUCUUCAACAUGGAUAUUGUUCAAAAUGAAACGGUUAAAAAAGCGUUCAAAAGAAGUGUUCAACUAAGCCACGUCCUGCAGACGCUCACUAUUUAUGGGUACUGCAUUCUCACCGGAAUCAUUGGCUUGGCACCGGAGAUCUACGGACUUAUCACGUCGAAGCAAGUGCUUUCCUUCGGAUUUGAGGCCAUCCAUUCCGAUGCCUGGUCGGCUUAUGCUGUCAACAGUUUGUUCCAGGUCAAUUGUGCCUAUUAUGUGGCCUUUCUGACUACGGUCACCGAUUGUGCUUUCAUUCUUUAUCUCCUAACUGCGACUGGACAGAUUGAUGCCAUCGUAGGGCUUCUGCAUGAGUUGGACAACAUGAUGAGUACGGAGCAUGAGAAGGAGCGAAUUGACGGACAGCUCUACAAGAUAAUCAAGAUGCAUCAACAUCAUCAACUGUACAUGAGAAAAGUGGAACAUUUAUUUAAUUUGUACUUUUUGAUUUCCAUUGCUUCGCUUUGUUUCAACAUGUCAAUCUCGUUGGCAGCUUUAAUUCUGAUCGACUGGUAUCUUGGCAUAGUGGUUUUCUGCUUCGCAUCAUCGCAAAUAUUCUACAUGUGCUUUCUUGGAACGUACUACGAAACUAAGAGCGAAUUCCUCAUAAUGAAAAUUGGUUCAUUCGAUUGGUACAAGUUAUCGGUGAGAAAUCAGAAAUCUGUUAAAUUUCUACUCACUGGAACCCAGUCACCGAUUUUGUUGACUGCUAUUUUGGAGAAUUUAAAUGUUGCUGCUUAUUUGAAGAUACAUAAAACGGUCUAUUCUGGAUUAAUGUUACUUCUGCGUGUUAAAGAGUAGAAUAAAGCGCAUUCUAGUUUGAU